AUGCUGCUGCCGCCGUCGUCGUGGCAACCGGGGCCCCGGCACCCCCGGAAGCGGCGGCGGCGGCGCGCGCACGCGGCCGGAAGCGGCGGCGGCAGCAUGGCGCGGCGCGGUUCCCUCUCCGACUCCGGCUCGGACUCCGGCUCGGAGGACUCCUCUCUCUCCGACUCGGAGCUCCAGGAGGCCUUCUCGAGGGGAGCGCUGAAGCCGGGGCUCAACGUGGUGCUGGAGGAGCGGCCGAAGCGGCGCAACGACGCGGACGGCCUGAAGCAGUGUCUGUCCGAAUUGAAGCAGCAGCUGGCUUGGGUGGAAAGGCUGGAUGUGACUUCGGGCCAGGUCGUGGACCCUGCCUCACAGAGUGCGUCUAACAAGGAUGCUGUUGAUCCUGAGAAUGAUUUCCAGAGAGAGAUGAGCUUUUACCGGCAGGCUCAGGCAGCGGUCCUGGAAGCCCUACCUAGGUUGCGUAAGCUCCAAAUUCCUACUAGAAGGCCAGAUGAUUACUUUGCAGAGAUGGCCAAGUCAGACCAACAGAUGCAGAAGAUUCGACAGAAGCUUAAGAGUAAACAGGAAGCAAUGGAGAGGUCUGAGAGAGCGAAACAGCUCCGUGCAAUGAGAAAAUAUGGCAAGAAGGUGCAAACUGAGAUUCUGCAGAGGAGACAAAAGGAGAAAAAAAAUAUGUUGAAUGCAGUCAAGAAAUACCAGAAAGGUCUCUCCGACAAGCUGGAUUUUCUAGAUGAAGAGCAGACAUCAUCUCAAGGGAAUAAAAAAGGCAGUGCAAGUCAACGGUUAAAGAAGGGACCAAAUGCCAAAAGACGAUACAAGAAUCAGAAGUUUGGUUUUGGUGGGAAGAAGAAGGGCUCAAAGUGGAACACAAAGGAAAGUUUUAAUGAUGUAUCCAGCUUCCGGUCAAAAGUGGCUCACAACAAAGGCCCAGGAAAAUCAGGAAAAGGAGGAAAAAAAGCCCUCAAUGUAACUUUUUCCACAGCUACUGUUGACGUGUACUUGGUGAACCUUGAGUUCUGGGUCACGUUGCCAAUGUCAAAAUAA